AUGACGCCACGAAAACAUGGUGGGUCGUUGGAUGAAGAUAAAUUAUUUGAAAAUGUAUCAAAAGAUGAUUGUGAGAUUAUAAAAAAAUUUACUUUGGGUGUAUGUGCUAUGGAAAGCAAAGUAGAAAGCGCACCUAUGGAAUGUAUAUUAAAACGGCUAGCUAAAAGUGGUGAUUUUAACAUAAUAAAAUUUAAAGAAGAUGUUAUAUUGAAUCAAGAUAUAGAUUCUUGGCCAAUUGUAGAUUGUUUGAUAGCAUUUUAUUCAUAUGGCUUUCCAUUAAAAAAAGCUAUCGAAUAUGUAAAAAAAUAUAAUCCUAUAACAUUAAAUAAUUUAGAAAAACAAUUAAUAUUAAGAUCAAGAUUACAAGUAUAUGAGGAAUUAAAAAAAUGGAAAGUACCACAUGCAAAUUAUGUUGUUGUUGAUCAUGAUACAGUAAAAAGAGGCGAACACAUUUUUGAGGAAUAUUAUGAUUAUAUUGUUUAUGAUAAUAUAAGAUUAAAUAAACCAUUUAUCGAAAAACCAAUAAAUGCAGAUAAUCAUAAUAAUUGGAUUUAUUAUCCUAAAAAUACAGGAGGAGGAUGUAAAAAAUUAUUUCGAAAAAUAAAAGAUAGAAGUAGUGAAUAUUGUCCUGAUAUACAUCAAGUUAGAACCAAUGGUACAUAUAUAUAUGAAGAAUUUUUAUCUACUUUUGGAACAGAUAUAAAAGUUUAUACAGUUGGUCAAAUGUUUGCACAUGCAGAAGCAAGGAAAUCACCUGCUUUAGAUGGAAAAGUAUGUAGAACAUCGGAUGGAAAAGAAGUUAGAUAUGCUGUUAUAUUAUCUGAAGCAGAAAAAAUAAUUGCUUAUAGAAUCGUUGAAGCAUUUCAACAAACAGUUUGUGGAUUUGAUAUUUUAAGAACCGCUAAUGGUCCAUUUGUAUGUGAUGUAAAUGGGUGGUCUUUUGUUAAAGGAAAUAUAAAAUAUUAUAAUGAUUGUGCACAUAUAUUAAGAGCUAUGUUUUUAGCAAAAUUAGAAGAAAAAUAUAAUAUAAUACCAAGAGAUCUAGCUGAUAAUUGGUAUAGUAUUGAAAAUGAAGAAGAAGUUUUAAGGAAAACUUUUAGGCAACCUGAUGAUUUACAUUGUUCACAUCAUGAAGAAUUAUGUUCGGUUAUUAUUGUUAUGAGACAUGGAGAUAGAAAACCAAAACAAAAAAUGAAAUUUAUAACAGAUAAAACAUUAUUUUUAGAAUAUUUUAACAAUGAUGAUAGUUUAUAUAAUUUAAUAGAUAAUAAGGUUACACAUGAUGGUUCAACAGGAAUUAGUACAACUGGUAGUGGUAUUGCAUCUAACAGUUUAAGUAGUACAAUGCAUCUAACUACUUCUUCGACUCCUUAUAAUUGUGAUAUAUUAAAUAAAAGCGGUUCUAAUUGUGUAAGCUUAAAUAAUAAUAACAUAUCUUUAGAAAAAAAAACAUCUUAUUUAGAAAAACAAGAUGAAUCCACAAAAAAACAAAAUAUUAAUUUAUCUAUUUCUAUUGAUCAUAAUUUAACAUCUAUCAAAAAUGGUUCUCAAAAUGAUGAAGAAAGAAAAUGUAAUUUACAAAAAAAUUAUACAAAAAAACAAAUAAAAUUUAAAUCACCAGAAGAGUUACAAGAUCUUUUUCUACGAAAUAAUAUAAUACUAAAUGAGAUUGAAAAAGAAUACAAAAAUAUAAAAGAUGAAAUAGCCAACAUUCAUAACAAUUAUAAUGAAAAGGACCUAAAAGAUGUUGAUCAAAUUAGAGAUGAUAAUAAUGAUUUAUCAGAAUUAGAAGCAAAACGUACAGAAUAUGAAGUUAUGAUUGAAAAUCAUAAAACAUUAUAUAAAAUAUUAGAAAGAGGAGAUGGGUUUACUGGAAUAAAUAGAAAAAUACAAUUAAAACCAAUCGAUUUUGAAAUUAUAAAUGAUAAAAUUAUAGUGACAAAAAUGUUAUUAGUAGCAAAAUGGGGAGGAGAGUUAACUAGAAUGGGAAGAAGGCAAUCUGAAAAUUUAGGAAAAAGAUUUCGAGCAACUUUAUAUCCUGGUGAUUCAGAUGGUUUAUUAAGAUUACAUUCAACUUUUAGACACGAUUUUAAGAUAUUUACAUCAGAUGAAGGUAGAUGUCAAAUAACAUCGGCUGCUUUUACAAAAGGUUUCCUUGAUUUAGAUGGAGAAUUAACACCUAUAUUAGUAGCUAUGGUUAUAAGAAAUUCAAAAGCACAUAGUUUAUUAGAUGAUAAUAGCCCAAGUAUAGAAAGAACCAACUGUAAAAGUUUUAUUGAUAAUAUUUUAAAUCAAGAUAAAGAUAUUAAUGAUGAAUUAUUAAAAAAAUUAACAUGUGGUAAAUAUUCUAGAGGAUUUAGAGAAUCUUUAAAAAAAAUUUCAAACUUUUAUGAAUUAAUGGAAAAAAUUAGGAAAACUAUUUAUGAAUUUUUAAAAAAAUUAAAUCAAGAAGUUCAAAAAUGGUUAAAUUUAUUUCCUUAUGAUCAAUAUGCAUUAUAUGUUAUUGAUAUUUUACAUGAAAUACAAGUUAGAUGGAAGUCAUUAACGAAAAUGUGGUAUAAGAAAAAUAUAAAUAAAUAUGAUACUUCGAAAAUUCCAGAUAUUGUAGAUAAUGUUCGAUUCGAUUUAAUACAUCAUCAUUCUUAUUUAGGAAGUGGGCUUGAUAAAGCUUUUGAAAUAUAUAAUUUGAUUGAACCUUUAGCAAAUUUUAUAUCUCAAGCAGAAUAUGGUAUCACACCUGAAGAAAAAGUUAAAAUAGGAGUUAAUAUUGUUGGCAAAUUACUUCGAAAGCUUAUACAUGAUGUAACUUAUUAUAGAGAUGAAGAAGAUAGAAGUAAAAAAAAUGCAAAAGGAAAUACUGCUAUCAAAGAUGCAUACCAUAUAUCUUAUACAAAUUCUCGUUCCAUUGCUCGUAAUGAAGAUCCUAAACAAUCUUCUUCACAAUCGACUUCCAAAUUAACAGAACUUCCCACAGAACCGAUUGACCGCGAUUCACUAAAACCAUUUAGUGUUUGCAAAGACGAUGCAAAAAGAAAUUUAUUAGAAAGUUUUCCAUUUACCAAAUUAGGGAAUGAUGAUAAGAAGAUUGGGGGUGACAAAAAUGGAAAGGGCGACAGAAUUGGAAAGGAUGACAAAAUUGGAAAGGAUGACAAAAUUGGAAAGGAUGACAAAAUUGGAAAGGAUGACAAAAUUGGAAAGGGUGACAAAAUUGGAAAGGGUGACAAAAUUGGAAAGGACGAAAAAACUGGAGAAGAUACACAAUUAUGCAAUGAUGUUCGAACAGAUAAACACAUAUGCUCGAUUAAUAACAAUUCAGAUUCUUCUGAAAUAUUGGGUGACAAAAGCUCAAAAUUUUAUAAUGCAUCUAUUUUAGAUGCAAAUAGAACCGCCAAAAAUGCCUUUUUACAUAAUCAUUUUAUUUCGCCUCUAAAAAAUGAGGAAAGGAAAUCGAACCCAAACAUGUCCAAUAGUAGACAUGUGUGCACCGAUUACAAAAUGAGUAACAAUAAUAAAGAAAAGUUAAAUGGAAAUAUAAAAUCAGAUAAUGCCGAAAAUUGUGAUAAUGCCGCAAAUUUUGACAAUUCCGCAAAUUGUGACAAUGCCGCAAAUCGUGACAAUGCCGCAAAUCGUGAUAAUGCCGCAAAUCGUAAUAAUUAUGAUAGCCAUAUGGCAAACAAUUACACAAUAAAAAUCGGAGAAAAUAAAUCACAAAAUGUUGAUAAAAGCAAAAUGACCGAAUCGAAUAUAAAUACAGAAAAAAAGGAUAAUUUUGAAAGUCAGGAUACAAAUAUAUUCCCAAAUAAAAAUUCAACUAAUAAUAAUAUAAAUAUUAUGAACACGUCACCUCGAAAAAGUUAUAAUAUUGGUACAUCUAAUAAUAAUAGUAAUAAUAAUUAUUCAAUUAAUAAUUCUAUUUAUAAAUUGGGUUCUAAUUAUAUGAAUAAUGAAGAUACAGAUGCAAGUAAUUAUAUAAAUAACUAUUCAUAUAAUAAUUACACUAAAGAUGAACUUCCUAAUAAAUUUUUAAAUAAAAAAGAAGCUGUUGUUAUAAAUUCUUCUGAUUUAUGGGCUCAUCAAAAUAAAUACAGAAAAGAAAAUAAUGAAAAACAAAAAAUUAAAAAAAUCAAAAAUCAAAAAGAAGUAGAACCCAUUGAAAAACGUGGAGAUACUGUUAAUGGAAAUGCAAGUGCAGAUACAAAUUCCGAAAUCAUUUCAGACAAAUUUGGAUCUGAAUUUAACAAAUCUGAAAGUAACAAUACAACAGUUGAAAGCGCAAAAGAAAAUUUGACCAAAAGUGAAACAGAUAAUUCUAAUAAAAAAUUAUGCACAAAAGAGUUAAACAUUAAGACAUCAUAUAUUGAGGUUGAAAAAGAAACAUGUACAAAUUUCGAUAAAAUUGAAAAUAAAAAUCGAGAUAAAUGUAUAUCAAAACAAGAUAUAAAAAAUUCGGAUACCCAAUCUUUAGAUAAUAAAAACAAUGUAGAUAAUAAAAACAAUGUAGAUAAUAAAAAUAAUGUAGAUAAUAAAAAUAUUAAUGAAUCUGAAAAGGAAGGAAAAGAAUAUAGAUAUUAUAAAGAAGUGGAUAAAAAAGAUGAAAAAAAAGAUGAAAAACAUGAUGAAAAAAAUGAUGAAAAAAAUGAUGAAAAAAAUGAGCAAUUAGAAGAUGGAGAACAAGAUGAACAUGAUGAAGGUGAAGUACAUGAUGAUGGAGAAGACAUAAUAAGAUUAAAAGAAACAGAUGCAAGAAGAUUAGGAAUUAGAUCCCCUUGGAGAAUGGUUAGAUCUAGAUAUUAUGUUACAUCUGCAUCUCAUAUGAUGUCUUUACUAAAUAUAUUAAUACAUUCAAAAAAUGCAGAUAAUUCAAUAAGUCAGAAUAUAAUUGAUAAUGAUUCUAUAAAAAGUAUUGGAGAUGUUACAGAUUUACAUUAUUUGUCACAUCUAGUUUUUAGAGUUUGGGAAAGAAAACAUCUAAAAAGAAACGAUAGCAAUCGAUUCCGUAUAGAGAUUUUAUUUAGUUCAGGUGCCAAAGAUGGAUUCGGACAAAAUUAUGAACUUUUAGAAAAAGAUGCAAAAGCACAACAACAAAAAUAUGAAAGACACAUUAAUAAAUAUUUAGAUGAAAAUAAAAGAGAGUUAGAAAAAAAUGAAAACAAACAAAAUGAUUCAUCUUGCUCAAAAGGUGAUGAAAAUGUGCCUACUAAAUCAAGUAGCAAAAAUAGAGAAAACCAAAAUGUUGCCAAAUCUUCUAUUCAUGAAAAGGAACAUGAUAAUAAUAGUAAUAAUAAUAGUAACAAUAAUAAUAAUAGUAAUAAUAAUAGUAAUAAAAUAUCAGAACAAUUAAGUAAUGUUACUGAAUUAAAGAAAAGUGAAAAGGGGGAGCAAUUCACAUCUAAUGUGGCCGAAAAAGGAGGAAACAAAAAAUAUAUAUUUGAUUCGAUUCCAAAUAUAUUGAAUCAUCCAUUAAAUAGAUCUUCAACCAAUUAUAAAGAACAAGAAAAUCAAAACAGUGUAAAUAAAAAUAUUCCAAAUUCAAUUGAAAGUAAAGUUUUAGGAAAUAUUAACAAGAAUAUCGAUUCAAAGAAUCCAAAUUUGUUCACAUCUACAACAAAAAAAAUUAGUGAAUCUGGAAAAUCAUUAACAUCUAAAGAUACAUAUAUCAGUAAUACGAAAGAAACGUUAGAAAAUAAAAUAUAUUCUUUUUCAAAUAAUUGGAAAAAUAAUAAAAAAAUAAAUAACGAAUUUUAUAGAAAAGAAUUAUCAUAUUCAUUUGAAAAUUUUAGAGAAAAAAUUAAUACAUAUAACAAUAAGUCUAGAAAAUAUAUGGUUAGAUCUAUUAGUUCUGAUUUAAGAAGAAAAAUAUAUAAUAAUAAAGAUAUAUUAAAAAUAAAUUUUGAAAAAAAAGAAAAAGAAGAUAUCACAAAAGAUAAUUUAUUAACAUAUGAAAAUGAAUGUAUUCAAAUACAAUCCAGUGAAAAUAUUAGAAAAUCUUAUAGAAGCUUUUCAUAUCGGAGUAAUGCAUCUUUACAUACAGAUUUAAAAGAUAUAGACACUAAUAUUAAUAAUAAAAUAAAAACAAAUAUAAAUAAUAUAAAUAAUAUAUCACCUAACGAAAAUAAAAGUAAAAUAAAUUUUGAAAAUAAUUUAGAGAAUAAUAAAGAUGACGAAGAAAAAAAAAAAAAUAUUUUUUCUCAUGUUUUUCAACAUUUUAAUGAAAAUAAAAAAAAUUCAACUUGCAAUUUAAAAUUCUUUUAUAAAACAUAUAUGCCAGAUUAUGAAAAAAUUAUAGAAAAUGAUAAAAAAUCUGAAACAUUUGAUGUGCCUCCAUAUUGUGAGUUGGCUCCAUUAAUUGUUUUAACAAAAAAUUGUCAGCUAUCUACAUUUGAAAAUAUAUUAACACAAAUUGUAAAUAAAUAUUCUAAGAAAAGUAAAAAUAAAGACAAGUUUAAAUCUCAGAAAAAUGAAAAAAUAUAA